AUGGAUCCGCCAUCGAAGAAGCGAGGCUUCUUGGGCUUCACUGGGCUGUUCCGCAGCUCUCCCGCGCCCGCAGCUGAUUCAGAUGCCAACUCCGACGCACCUUCCAAGGCUCCUGCGCCUGCGCCCUCGCAGCGCGAGUUCGGCAGCGCGUCCGCGCCCCACAGCCCCAUGAAGCGCGCUUCCGAGUCGCAGCUCGCCUCCCGCAAGAUCAUCGGCCGGCCUCAGGGCCCAUCGAGCAAGCUGUCACAGAGUAUCUCUGCGUCGGACAUCGCACACCGACCUUCGGCCGCGGCGGUUGCGACGCCCAGGCGGAUGCCAGGCGACAAUCCAAACAAACCGCCGCCAUCUCUGUUCUCCGCAUCGGCAGCCGCGCAUGCGCCUGCGCACGUUCCCAAGUCGACGAGCUUUUCCGGCGUUACCUCGACGCCGCGCAACAUCUUUCGCUCCUCGGCUCUGUAUUCGCGACCCGCGCAUUCGACCUUCUCGCCUCGAGUGCCCGCGAAUACGCUGACGCAGAGUUUCCCACCGACCACGCCCGGUAAACCCCCUCGGGGGUCGACUGCCGACGUAAAUGGACGCAUUCUCGCUAAUACGUCUUCGAGCGAGCUAUUUACGAUGAGGAUCCCGUCUCCGCCUCGCCAUCUCACCGGCGAAAUGCUGGCCAAGGAGGUACCCGAUGACCCAAACCGGUCUGGCUCCAUCUAUGCGGACGAAUUCCUCGCGCACUACUGCCCGCCUGAUCUGGAUGAGCAUCAGAGGCGCCAGUUCUUCUGCAUCCUCGACCUGCGGCGGCUGAAAUACGCUGCCGACGAAGUAUUCACCAAGAAGGACUGGAAGAUCAACAUCUUAAACUUCGCCAAGGAGUACGAGAAGAGCCGCAGCUUGAUUAUGUUGCGGUACGGUCUGUACGAGUUCAAGACGGUCAGGCCGUCCGAGGCAGUCAAGAGAGAGUGGAAGCAAAAGCACGGCAUUCCGGACUCGGACGAGGAGUCCGACGUGGUUCCCAAGACCAACGGGACUGCGAAGAGAAAGGCCGAGGAAGAUCUGGCGCCGAGCAGCACGCUCAUGGCGUCGGUGUCCGGUGCCAACAAGCGUGCCCGUGCUCCGGAGACGUCAAGCAAGAACAAACGCAAGGCCGACGCCGAGCCGGACGAAAACCAUCCUGCCAAGCUUCAAAAGCCUGUGCUUGAGAAGGCUGCGCCUACGCCCCAAAAGCCACCCUCCGCUACGAAGUCCAUGUUCGAAAGCAUUGCGAACAAUGCUCAGUCGACCUCGUUCGCGAAGCCCGCUGGCAAGAGCCUGUUUGCCUCUAGCACAGCCGCCAAGCCCACCGUCUUCGACGCUGCACCGAAGCCUGCAGCUGCUACGAGCAAUAUCUUCAGCCAUCUCUCUGACGAAAGCAAGGGUAGUGGUAAUGAAGGCGCCGAUGAAGAGAGCGAGACCAGCUCCAACGCCGAGGAAGACCAAUCCGAGGCUCAGGAUGCCAGCCAGAGCGACGACCACGCAGCGAGCGGCGGAGUAUCGACCCCGCAGUUUGGGGAUGUCAAGAGAACAACAACGAAUGGAACCUCAAACUUAUCUUCGGACGGGGAGAGCACUCAGGGCCGCAGCAUUUUUGAGCGUAUCACGAGAGGUUCGGACGGCCAGCCGAUUAGAAAGCUGCCUCCCGGCGAUGGAACCCCGUUCGCUGCUCUGACUGCGAAAGAACGGUCUGCAAGUCCCUCGUCCUCGUUUGGCGCGACUCCGGGACCCAUAUUCAACUUCGGAGGCUCGUCUCAGACGAGCGGUGCCCCCGUGUUCUCACAGCAGCCCCCUGCAGCAACUUCCUUCUUCGGCAAUAGCCUGGCGCCCGGCGGGGGGACCUCAACAGGUACUAAUUCCCCUUUUACCUUCGGCGGAGCUUCGAGCUUGGCGACGACGCCAGCGGCGACUACGCCCGAGCCGUCUGCCAAAGCUGAAGAUGGUCAAGAAACAAACGCUGACGGGGAUGAGGCACCACAGGAGCAAAUCUCGCUAACCGACGGCGGCCCCGGGGAGGAGGACGAGUCCGCCGUCCAUGAAGUGCGGACCAAGGCGCUCAAGCUCGUCACGGAUGCCGGUUCGGACGAGGAAUCGGGCGCCAACGCAGACAAGGCCAAGAGCAAGAAUUCUUGGAAGGUGCAGGGCUUGGGACCCCUGCGCAUCCUCAAGAACAAGACCACCGGCGCGGUGCGCAUGCUGCUGCGGGCGGAACCCCGCGGCCACAUCGCGCUCAACAAGACCGUGCUGCCGGACUUCACAUACAAGGCGGACAACAAGUACGUCAAGGUGACGACGGCGUCGGACGACGGCAAGGGGCUGGAGACGUGGAUACUGCAGGUCAAGACGGCCGCGGCGGCGGAGGCUCUUGCCGCGGCGCUGGAGGAGCACAAGAAGGCGAACAAGAAGUAGUGGACCAUUGGGAAUGCCCGGGAUGGGCCAUGUUUAUUCGCUGCAAGGGACGAGGGCAUACUGGCUGCUUCACAACGGGUAUAUAAUGAGGUAAGGUAUUACUUGGCUUUUCAUCCUGCAUUAGAUGGCUCGUGCAGGUGGUUUUUUUAUUCUGGGAAAGCAUAGCAUGGCUUUUGCUGUUGUUUGGGUUAUUGUAAGGCGUCAUCGACGGGUUUGUUGUGUCGUCGGAAAAGGAGGGACCAGACACCGAGCCCAAGUUAGAAGUUCUCGACAUGGAGGACGGCUGUAUGUAUGAGCUUGUGGGCGAUUACUGGAACGCGAGAGGUGACGGGAGAAUGUCCUGGCAAUUGAAGAGUGGUGGCCUUCUCGGUUGGCACCGGAG